GUCCACCGACACCUGGUUGUCGGUAAAACGGGGCAGGGGCACUAUUCUCUGUAAAGCUUGUCAAAGUUUGACCGAAACAACAGCUAUUCUGCCGUCAAGAUAAGCGCGCUAACGCUGCCCAAAACACAGCUCUAACCAGUCUUCCGCUAAUGAACCUUUUAUUUUGAAUGCAUAGACCGGAAGCUGUAUUUGUAACUCACGGAGGUUUUACCCUGUUCGGGCCACAGUGGAUGCAGAGCCUAACGCUUGGCUGACUUCAGGGAACAAACGUUAGCUAGCGCUGCAUGUAUGUGAUAUUAAAAACACAGAAGGUACCGUGGAAUUGAACACAUAUGGAUCCCAACCGGAUAAUCCAGGCUCUGAAAGGGACUAUCGACCCUAAUCUGAGGAUAGCGGCGGAGAAUGAACUCAAUCAGGUGGUUAGUAAUUCCAUAUGUCUUUGUAUUGUCCGUAGCGCCCAACUUACCAUGUGUCUGAGAGCCAUUAUCAAGCAUGACUUCCCUGGCCGCUGGACCGCUAUCGUGGACAAGAUCGGCAUGUAUCUGCAGUCUCAGAACAGCGGCAGCUGGUACGGCAGCCUCCUGGCUCUCUACCAGCUGGUCAAAACCUACGAAUACAGGAAGGCAGAUGAGAGGGAACCGUUGCUGGCAGCCAUGCAGAUUUUCCUGCCGAGGAUUCAGCAACUCAUUAGUCAGCUGCUGGCUGACGCCACCAUCUUCUCUGUCCUCAUCCAGAAACAGAUCCUCAAGAUCUUCCACGCUCUUGUGCAGUACUCGCUCCCUCUCCAGCUGAUCAACAACGCAGUGAUGACUCAGUGGAUGGAAAUCCUCCGAGCCAUAAUGGACCGAGAUGUCCCUGCUGAGACUUUGGAGGUUGAUGAGGACGACCGUCCUGAGCUUGCAUGGUGGAAGUGUAAGAAGUGGUCAUUGCGCAUCAUCACAAGACUGUUUGAGCGAUAUGGAAGUCCUGGCAAUGUGACAAAGGAGUACUACGAGUUUGCAGAAUUUUUCCUGAAGACAUAUGCAGUGGGCAUGCAGCAGGUCCUGCUGAAAGUGGUGGACCAGCACCGACAGAAGCAGUAUGUUACUCCUCGCGUCCUGCAGCAGUGCCUCAACUACCUCAACCAGGGCCUGUCACACUCCCUGACCUGGAAACAGAUGAAGCCGCACAUGCAGACCAUGUGCCGAGAGGUCAUCUUCCCUCUCAUGUGUUACAAAGAUGAGGAUGAGAAGCUCUGGCAGGAAGACCCCUAUGAGUACAUCCGCAUGAAGUUCAACCUCUAUGACGACCAUGCCCUCCCAGCCACUGCCGCUCAGAGCCUCCUGUGUAAAGCUGCCCGCAAAAGGAAGGAGAUUCUUCCUCAGAUGAUGGAGUUCUGUCAUCAGAUACUGAUGGACCCCUCUACUGACCCCCGCAGGAAGGACGGAGCACUGCACUGCAUCGGCGCUCUGGCUGAGCUUUUACUGAAGAAGCGGAUGUACAGAGAGCAGAUGGAGCUAAUGCUUCAAAACUAUGUCUUCCCUUUGCUAAACUCUCCUAUGGGUUACCUGCGAGCCAGAUCAUGCUGGGUGCUCCACUGCUUCAGCCCACUGCGUUUCCACGAUGAGCUGGUUCUGAGGAAUGCUGUCGAGUUGGUCAAACAGGACCUGAUUGAUGACAAAGAGAUGCCCGUCAAGGUGGAGGCUGCCAUUGCUCUGCAGACAUUGGUCAGCAACCAGGAACAAGCCAAACUGUACAUCAGGCCGUACAUCCGGCCGGUCAUGCAGGAGCUGCUGCACGUGGUGAAAGAGACAGAGAAUGAUGAUUUGACCAACGUCAUUCAGAAGAUGAUCUGUGAGUACAACCAGGAGGUUGCCGCCAUCGCUGUGGACAUGACACAGAACCUGGCGGAAAUCUUCACCAGGGUCCUUCAGAGUGAGGAAUAUGAGGAGAACGAGGACAAGACUGUCAUGGCUCUUGGCAUCCUUAGCACCAUCGACACCAUCCUCACUGUCAUGGAGGACCACAAGGAGAUCACUCAGCAGCUAGAAGGAAUCUGUUUGCAGGUGAUCGGCCUGGUCUUGCAGAAGCCCAUCAUAGAAUUCUAUGAGGAAAUCCUGUCGCUGGCAUUCGGCCUCACCUGUCAGACCAUCUCCCCCCAAAUGUGGCAGCUACUGGGUGUCCUGUAUGAGGUCUUCCAGCACGACUGCUUUGACUACUUCACAGAUAUGAUGCCUCUUUUGCACAACUACGUCACCGUGGAUACAGACAUGCUCUUGUCCAACCCAAAGCACUUAGAGGUCAUCUACAGCAUGUGCAAAAAGGUACUGACCAUAGAUGCAGGUGAGGACGCAGAGUGUCAUGCUGCCAAACUGUUGGAGGUCAUCAUCCUGCAGUGCAGAGGCAGAGGCAUCGACCAGUGCAUCCCUCUGUUUGUGGAGGCAGUGUUGGAGCGUUUGAUGAGGGGGGUUAAGUCCAGUGAGCUGAGAACCAUGUGCCUGCAGGUGGCCAUCGCUGCUCUAUACUACAACCCAGCCCUGCUCAUCCACACUCUGGACAACAUGCACUUUCCACACAACCCGCAGCCUAUUACUGCCCACUUCAUCAACCAAUGGAUGAAUGACACCGAGUUCUUCCUGGGGCUCCAUGACCGUAAAAUGUGUAUCAUCGGCCUGAGUGUGCUGAUGGAGCUGCCCAGGCGACCAGCAGUGCUGGAGGGAGUCGCCGCCCAGAUCGUCCCCUCCAUCCUGCUCCUUUUUUUGGGCCUCAAACACCUCUACGCCUCCCGCCUCAUCAACAAACCAGACUUCCUGGCCCGUGCAGGGCCUCAGGAUGAAGACCAGAAUGAGGAGAUUCCAAGUGAUGAAGAUGAGGUGAAUGAUAACCGAAAUGCCAUGCAGCAGCAGUCCAGCACACCAACAGGUCAGGGCGGCGAGGUUGAUGAUGAAGAUGAAGAUGACUACUGGGAUGAUGAUGGCUUUGAGGGAACCCCCCUGGAGGAGUACAGCACACCUCUUGACUACGACAACGGAGAGGACGAGUAUCAGUUCUUCACCUCUGCCCUGCUCAGGGUCCAGAACACUGAUGCAGCCUGGUACCAGAGUCUGACGGCUCCACUCAGUGACGACCAGAAAAAGCAGUUGCAGGAGAUCUACAGCAUCUCACAGCAGAGGAGGAGCACUGCCGCCAAGGGCCAGUGAGCGCUGAGGAGACAGAUGAACUGCAGAGUCAGAAGAGGGGGGUGAAGAAGAGAACAGCUGGUCUGACCUGACCUGAAGUGAAUUUCAAUCUAUUCUGAAUGAUCUCAGUCCAGAUCAGGCCAUAUUUUAAUGGAUCCCACCAAAACUAGGUCCCAGGGUGGCAUCAGAACUGGAUGGAGUAGCAGGGGCUGAAUUGGCAUUAUAACAAUUUCGGACCUAGUGCACUGUAUAGAACCACAGCCCAUACUGGGAUAUUCCUACCACCAGGACAGGACUACUUGCGUGCGUGUGUGUGUGUGUGUGUGUGUGUGUGUGUGUGUGUGUGUGUGUGUGUGUGUGUGUGUGUGUGUGUGUGUGUGUGUGUGUGUGUGUGUG